GCAAAGAAACGAAUGUAAAUGAAUAUUUUAAAAAAGUCGAAGCUCAGUACUGGCAACUGAAACACUAUCUUAACUAUCGUCUUGGAAAUGAAAGUAUAAUCUUACCCUGGGUACAAGUUUAUGAAGAUUGGCUACAAUCACUUAAAAAAAUUAAGAAAACAAAUCAUAAAGAGAUUCCGGGCUGUGUAUCUUCACUAUGCACCGAACUACUUAACGUAACUAGUAGCUUUGAAGGUGCUUCGGUCCUAGAAAGUUGCGUGCAAUGGUAUAAUAAAUUCUAUGAGCGUAAUUUCGAGUUGCAGUUCGCAGAAAGAGUACGGAAAUUAGAAACAGAUAUAUUGCAUUGUAACUUUUCGUCUCAGAAAAUGGCAGAAUUAACAAAUGAGUCAAGUGAAGUCAACAGCGGGCCAUCUAAGAAAUCUUCUAGGAAAAGACCGGCCGAGGAAGAGGAAGCCUCUUCUGUAAUCACAUCUCCUCUGAAUCUUCGGGAUCAACAUCGCCGUGGUUCCAAUACUGAGGAUGACGAUUUUUUUGAUGAUUAUAACGAAAGCGAGGAAGAAAAUGAAAACGAGGAGACAUCAACUGAAGUUCAACUCAUUAUCUCAAAGAUGGAAAACGUGAACUGUCGUCUUUUCAAAUAUCGUAUCGUCAACCUCUCCGAAAAAAAUUUAGUUGACCCAGUGAAUAUCGUUUUUUCUAAUGACGAUAAAAAAAGAAUGAGAAAAUUCUGGAAGGAAAUGGAACCAUCUGCUGAAGAGAAACAUAAUACGGUGCGUCGGUCAAAAUGGGAAGGAAGCAUCAAACCGCUGGUUAAUAAGUACGCCCUUGCUAUUGAAGUGAAAGCGGAAACAAUUUUUGAUGAUAAUGUUCGGUCAUCAUCGAUAAAGGUUAUUUUCGAACCGCCGUUUGAAGACGAGUUCGAUUUCAAAAAACAUUAUGAGAAUUUAUGGGUGCAAGAUAUCUAUCGGCGAUUUAUAUGCUUGUUCAACUCUCCUUUUAAUAUACUUCGUGAUGCGAAUACGUUGGAGAUCGCUUAUAGGGAAGCAUUCGUUAAUCCUCUAAUUCCGAAAGCAUUUGACGAUUUAAACGAUAAAAUCCGAUUCCAAAUCGGAGAGAUAGAGAGCAAAUUACGUAAAAAACAACGAAAUGAAACAAAAGGUCAAAAUCCUCGGGUAAAUUCUGGAUCAAAGCAUGACGGGAUCCUAAAAAUUUACAUGAACGCGAGUGAAAUGGAGAUCGGGUUUAUGGAAGUUGUAGGAAACGCCAUGGCUGAGGAUAUUACUGGAUAUCACGGUGAUAUGAAAAAAUUGUUUAAAGUAAUGCAGAUUUCGAUAUUUUAUCAACGUCAGCAUCAUCUAAUACGUGGUGCAUCAGAAGAUCAACUUCUUUGCAUUCAAAGUUUUGGUUUACUUGUUUACCAACGUGAAACAACAAUAUACACUAUGCACAGAAUUAAAGGAGGGUUGCAUGUCGUUGACAUUCUUACCAAUUUCACGAUCCCAGAUAACAGGGAUCAAGUGUACGUGAUAGAUGAAAUCAUAGAGAAAGCAUAUUUAUUUAAAUCGAGUUAUGGAUUAUUAUAUAAAGUUGCAGGAAGUAUCGCGGAAAGUGUAGGAAUAUUCACCAUCUGA